AUGAGUGCGUGCGGCCCGGUCCUCGGCCUCCUUCUGCUGCUGCUCUGCCCGGCGCAGGUGAGCGGCCGCCGGCGACCCGGACAGGCUGUGGGGGACGUGGUAUUUUCACAGUCCUGUGUUUGGUAUGGAGAGUGUGGAAUUGCAUCUGGAGAUAAGAGGUACAAUUGCCGAUAUUCUGGGCUACCAAAGCCGUUGCCAGAGGACGGCUAUGACCUGGUGCUGGAACUCUGUCCAGCGUUCUUCUUUGGCAACGUCAGUCUUUGCUGUGAUGUUCAGCAGCUUCGGACACUGAAAGACAAACUGCAGCUGCCUCUGCAGUUUCUGUCCAGAUGUCCAUCCUGUUUUUAUAACCUAGUGAACCUGUUUUGUGAGCUGACAUGUAGCCCUCGACAAAGUCAGUUUCUGAACGUUACAGCAAUGGAAGAUUAUGUUGAUCCUGUUACAAACCAGACAAAAACAAACGUAAAAGAAUUACAAUACUAUAUUGGAGAGAGUUUUGCCAAUGCCAUGUACAAUGCCUGCAGGGACGUGGAGGCCCCCUCGAGUAACGAGAAAGCCCUGGGGCUGCUGUGCGGGAAGGAGGCCGAAGCCUGCAACGCCACCAACUGGAUCGAGUACAUGUUCAACAAGAACAACGGCCAGGCGCCUUUCACCAUCACGCCCAUCUUUUCAGAUCUUCCAGCUCAUGAGAUGGAGCCCAUGAACAAUGCCACCAAGGGCUGUGAUGAGUCCGUGGAUGAGGUCACGGGGCCCUGCAGCUGCCAGGACUGCUCCAUCGUCUGUGGGCCCAAGCCCCAGCCCCCAGCCCCUCCUGUUCCCUGGAGAAUCCUGGGUCUGGACGCCAUGUACGUCAUCAUGUGGAGCACCUACAUGGGAUUCCUGCUCGUGUUUUUUGGUGCAUUCUUUGCUGUGUGGUGCUACAGAAAACGGUAUUUUGUCUCCGAGUACACCCCCAUUGAUGGCAAUAUUGCUUUCUCUGUAAAUGCCAGUGACAAAGGGGGGCCGUCCUGCUGUGACUCUCUGGGUGCCGCCUUCGAAGCCCGUCUACAGCGGCUCUUUGCACAGUGGGGCUUAUUCUGCGUCCGACACCCCGGCUGCAUCGUGUUCUUCUCCGUGGCCUUCAUCACCGCCUGUUCUUCAGGCCUGGUGUUUGUGCAGGUCACGACAGACCCGGUGGACCUCUGGUCUGCGCCCGGCAGCCAGGCGCGCCGGGAGAAGGAGUACUUUGACACACACUUCGGACCUUUCUUCCGCACCGAGCAGCUCAUCAUCCAAGCCCCCCUCACCCAGCCGCACAUGUACCAUCCUUACCCCUCUGGAGCCGGCGUGCCCUUUGGGCCCCCACUUGCCAUAGACAUCUUGCACCAGGUUCUUGACUUACAAACAGCCAUCGAGAACAUUACUGCAUCUUACAACAACAAGACUGUGACACUCCAGGACAUCUGCUUGGCCCCCCUCUCACCAUAUAACAAGAACUGCACCAUCAUGAGCGUGUUAAAUUACUUCCAGAACAGCCAUUCCGUGCUGGACCACAAAGUAGGAGACGACUUCUAUGUGUACGCGGAUUACCACACACACUUCCUGUACUGCGUUCGGGCUCCCGCCUCCCUGAAUGACACCAGUUUGCUCCACGAUCCUUGCCUGGGGACCUUUGGUGGACCAGUGUUCCCGUGGCUUGUGUUAGGAGGCUAUGAUGAUGAAAACUACAAUAACGCCACAGCCCUUGUGAUUACCUUUCCUGUCAAUAAUUACUGUAACGAUACAGAGAAGCUCCAGAGGGCCCAGGCCUGGGAAAGAGAGUUUAUUAAUUUUGUGAAGAACUACAAGAAUCCAAAUCUGACCGUUUCUUUUAAGGCUGAACGAAGUAUUGAAGAUGAAGUAAACCGUGAAAGUCAAAGUGAUAUCUUCACUGUUCUAAUCAGCUAUGGCAUCAUGUUUUUAUAUAUUUCCAUAGCCUUGGGGCAUAUCAAAAGCUGUAGCAGGUUUCUGGUGGAUUCGAAAAUCUCCCUGGGCAUCGCGGGUAUCCUGAUCGUGCUGAGCUCGGUGGCGUGCUCCUUGGGCAUCUUCAGCUACAUUGGGAUCCCCUUCACCCUCAUUGUGAUAGAAGUCAUCCCGUUCCUGGUGCUGGCUGUGGGAGUGGACAACAUCUUCAUUCUGGUCCAGACCUACCAGAGAGAUGAACGUCUCCAAGGGGAGACGCUGGACCAGCAGGUGGGCCGGGUCCUGGGAGAAGUGGCUCCAAGUAUUUUCCUGUCGUCCUUUUCAGAGACGGUAGCAUUUUUCUUAGGAGGCCUGUCCGUGAUGCCGGCUGUGCACACCUUCUCUCUCUUUGCGGGGUUGGCAGUCCUCAUUGACUUCCUCCUUCAGAUUACCUGUUUUGUGAGUCUCUUUGGGUUAGACAUUAAGCGGCAAGAGAAGAACCGGCUGGAUGUCCUCUGCUGUGUCGGGGGUGCGGCAGACAGAGCAGGCAUCCAGGCCUCGGAGAGCUGCUUAUUUCGCUUCUUCAGAGACGCCUAUGCUCCACUUCUGCUUAAGGACUGGAUGCGGCCCAUUGUGGUAGCGGUAUUUGUGGGUAUUCUGUCAUUCAGUAUCGCAGUCCUGAACAAAGUAGAAAUCGGCUUGGAUCAGUCUCUGUCAAUGCCAGAUGACUCCUACAUGACGGAUUAUUUCCAGUCCCUCAGUCGCUACCUGCACGCGGGCCCGCCCGUGUACUUUGUUGUGAAGGGAGGGCACGACUACGUUUCUCUGAAAGGGCAGAACAUGGUGUGCGGGGGCCUGGGCUGCAAUAACGACUCGCUGGUGCAGCAGAUCUUCACCGCCGCCCAGCUGGACAACUAUACCCGGAUAGGCUUUGCUCCCUCGUCCUGGAUUGACGAUUAUUUUGACUGGGUCAAACCACAGUCGUCUUGCUGUAGGCUCUACAACAGCACGGAUUGGUUCUGCAAUGCAUCGGUGGUUGACCCUGCCUGCGUCCGCUGCCGGCCUCUGACUCCAGAGGGCAAGCAGAGGCCUCAGGGCGCAGACUUCAUGAGGUUCCUGCCCAUGUUCCUCUCCGAUAACCCGAACCCCAAGUGUGGCAAAGGGGGACACGCCGCUUACAGCGCGGCAGUUAACAUCCUCGGCAACGGCACGGGCAUUGGAGCCACGUACUUCAUGACCUACCACACGGUGCUCAAGACCUCCGCUGACUUCAUCGACGCCAUGGAAAAGGCCCGCCUCAUCGCCGGCAACAUCACCAGAACCAUGGGCCUGGAAGGAAGUGAUCGCCAUGUGUUCCCAUACAGUGUGUUCUACGUCUUCUAUGAACAGUACCUGACCAUGAUUCACGACACUAUCUUUAACCUCGGUGUGUCCCUGGGUGCCAUCUUUUUGGUGACCGUGGUUCUCCUGGGCUGUGAGCUGUGGUCAGCAGUGAUCAUGUGCAUCACCAUCGCUAUGAUCUUGGUCAACAUGUUCGGUGUCAUGUGGCUCUGGGGCAUCAGUUUGAAUGCGGUUUCUUUGGUCAACUUGGUUAUGAGCUGUGGCAUCUCCGUGGAGUUCUGCAGCCAUAUCACGAGAGCUUUCACAGUGAGCACGAAGGGAAGCCGCAUGGAACGGGCAGAAGAGGCGCUCUCCCACAUGGGCAGCUCUGUAUUCAGUGGAAUCACACUAACAAAAUUUGGAGGCAUUAUGGUUUUGGCUUUUGCCAAAUCUCAAAUUUUCCAGAUAUUUUACUUCAGGAUGUAUUUAGCUAUGGUCUUACUGGGAGCCACUCAUGGAUUAAUAUUCCUCCCUGUCUUGCUCAGUUACAUAGGGCCAUCGAUAAAUAAAGCCAAAAGUUUGGCCGCUCAAGAGCGAUACAGAGGUACAGAGCGAGAGAAGCUCCUCAAUUUCUAG